GACAUAACAAUUUUAUUAUCAUGAAAAAGAAGAUUCAAACCUCCAUGGAAAAGGAAACUCCUGCAAUUCAAUCAUGGGAAGUUCUUAUCCUCGUGGCACAUCAUCUUGACCCCAAAACAUUGGCCAUAGCUUCAUGCGUAUCAAGAUCAUGGCUACAUUCUAUGUCCUCUGAUGAACUUUGGAAACCAAUCGUAACCACCCAUUUUCCUUCUCUUUCAACUCUUCCAUCCGCCGUUUCAUAUUGCCACCUGUUCGCAUUAGGCCACUCUGCCGCCUUGCGCCGCCGCCAGACUCUUUCGAAGCCAACCCUCUCCCUAAGUGACCUCGUGUUUGGGGUCUCCAUUACUUCGAAGCGCGAAUCUCGCGUGGUAGCGGCCGCAUCCAUACCUGUGGACGCACUGGUGGUGGACCCUCCUGGCGUGUUUAGUUUUGGUGUUGGUUUGGAGGAGUGUGUAUUGAUGAAGAACGAGGGUUUGGAGGAGGUGGUUAAGGUAACGUGGAAUGUGGUGGUGAAAGGAUGGAGAGGGAUUUUCACUUUGAUGGAUUGCGAGAGGAAGGUGAGGUUUGCGGGUGGCGGCGAGGAGUGGUUUUCACAGGAGCUACCGGCGCCGAGUUGUUGUUCAAAAGUGGUGGCGAGUUCAGUGGUGGCGGAUAUGAAGGUGGGGAUGUGUGAUAGUGGUGGGAAAGUGAGGGUGGAGAAGGUAAGGAUGGGGAUUUUGAGUGUUGUUGAUUGGAGGUAUGUUGGUGUUGAAGAUGGUCUUAGAUACUUGCAACAUUUUCUUCUAACUUAAUAAUGCAUUCUACAUACAUCAUGUAUAAAUAUCCUUCAAUCCAGGGAUGUUUUUACAAGGUCUGUUUGUUUUAGGAAUACAGAACACAUUCCAUAUUCUUGAGAAUUUAAGGUUUAAGCUUGUGGAAAAUUCUUAGUCAGACACACUGUAACAAUUAGUUUUACAAACAAUCACAGGUGUUUUUAUAUUUUCAUGCAA